AUGGGAUGUAGCGGGCGGCUGCUGGGACCCGUCGGGGGGCGCCGCGCCUCGCUCCUCCUCACCAUGAUCCUCUUCUUCACGUACUUCUUCUACUGCCUCACGGGGCCCUGCGAGCCGCUGCCGCCCGCCCUGCUCCUGCCGCCGCCCGCCGCGCUGCCCGACGGCGCGGAGGCGGCGGCCGGGGCGGGCGGCGCGGGGCCGCCGGCGCCGAGCGGCGGCGGGAGCCGGCGCUUCCCGCAGGCCAUCAUCGUGGGCGUGAAGAAGGGCGGGACGCGGGCGCUGCUGGAGUUCCUGCGGGCGCACCCCGAGGUGCGCGCCGUGGGCGCCGAGCCCCACUUCUUCGACAGGUGCUACGAGAAGGGGCUGCGCUGGUACAGGAGCCUGAUGCCGCGAACGCUGGAGGGGCAGAUCACCAUGGAGAAGACCCCCAGCUACUUCGUGACCAAGGAGGCGCCCAGGCGGAUUUACAACAUGUCCCGGGACACGAAGCUGAUCGUGGUGGUGAGGAACCCCGUCACCAGGGCCAUCUCGGACUACACACAAACGCUCUCCAAAAACCCCACCAUCCCCAGCUUCCAGGCCCUGGCCUUCAAAAACGUCAGCACGGGACUGAUCGACACGACCUGGAGCGCGGUGAGGAUCGGCAUCUACGCCAAGCACCUGGACAACUGGCUGCAAUACUUCCCGCUGUCAAAGUUCCUCUUCGUCAGCGGGGAGAGACUCGUGAGCGACCCGGCUGGGGAGAUGGGCCGAGUCCAAGACUUCUUGGGGCUCAGGAGGGUGGUGACGGACAAACAUUUCUAUUUCAACGAGACCAAGGGUUUCCCCUGCCUGAAGAAGCCGGAGGGCAGCAGCCGGCCCCGGUGCCUGGGGAAAUCCAAGGGACGGCCUCAUCCGAAAAUCGCCUCGCAGGUGGUCCGGCGCCUGCAGGAGUUUUACAGACCCUUCAACAUGAAGUUUUACCAGAUGACCGGGCAGGACUUCGGGUGGGACUGAGGCGGCCGCGGGCUGCGGCGGGCUGCCGGGAGCUGCCGCCCGGCUCCUGCCCUUGUUCUAAUUUAUACGGGACUUCUGGCGAGAAACGGACCCUUGCGGGGUAGAGAGAAA